AUGAAUACAAUCGAAGGACAGAUAGAAGAGAGAGGCUACUGGGGGAGUAAAGCGGAGUUUAUUUUAGCCGUGGCAGGAAAUGUGGUUGGACUGGGUAACGUGUGGAGGUUUCCUUACCUCUGCUACAAGUACGGAGGAGGUGCGUUCCUGAUACCAUACCUGGUGUUUGUGGCUACUUGUGGGCUUCCUCUGUUCCUGCUAGACACACCAAUGGGACAAUACACACAGGAAGGAGGCAUUACAUGUUGGCGUCGUCUCUGUCCACUGGCUGAGGGUAUCGGCUAUGCAGGACAGCUUAUUCAGGUGUACAGCUGCAUGUAUUACAUCAUCAUUCUGGCCUGGGCGCUUUUCUACCUCAUCUUCUCUUUUAGUUCCCAACUUCCAUGGGCCAGCUGUGACAACAUGUGGAACACAGAUGACUGUGUAAAUCUUGCUGCAAAGAAUCUGACCCUCAAUUGGACAACACUGAUUAAUUCAACCUCUGCAGCUACUGAGUUCUGGGAACGCAGAGUACUGGCUCUCUCUGGGGGUAUUGAGGAGGUUGGUAGGAUAAACUGGGAGAUUCUUCUGUGUCUCAUUGCAAUGUGGAUCGUAUCUUAUUUCUGCAUCUGGAAAGGAGUCAAAUCUACAGGCAAGGUGGUGUAUUUCACAGCUACCUUUCCUUAUGUGAUGUUGCUGGUCUUGCUGAUUCGUGGUUUGACUCUUCCUGGAGCUCUGCAGGGGAUUGUGUUUUACUUGUACCCUGAACCGUCCCUUCUUGCUGACUCACAGGUUUGGAUGGAGGCCGGAGCUCAGAUUGUUUUCUCCUAUAGUGUGUCUGUUGGCACUCUCACUGUAUUGGGCAGUUACAAUAAAUACAACAACAACUGCUACAGGGACUGCUUUUGGCUUUGCCUUCUGAACAGUGGCACCAGUUUGGUGGCUGGAUUUGCUGUGUUCUCAGUCCUGGGCUUCAUGGCCCACGAACAGGGUGUCCCCAUUGACGAGGUGGCAGAAUCAGGGCCAGGACUAGCAUUCAUAGCUUAUCCACAGGCAGUAGCCAUGAUGCCUUUCCCUCAGCUGUGGGCUGUUUGUUUCUUCAUCAUGAUUAUUUUACUGGGGCUAGAUACUCAUUUUGUUGCAGUGGAAGCUGUCGUUACAUCAGUGAUCGAUCUGUUCCCCGCAGUUCUGCGUAGAGUGGGACGCAGAGAAAUUUUCCUCCUGUUCUUUUGUCUUGCUUGCAUUGUCGGGCAGCUCUUCAUGGUUACAGAGGGGGGGAUGUAUGUAUUCCAGUUGUUUGACCACUAUGCCUGCAGUGGAGCCUGUCUUCUCUUUCUGUCUGUGUUUGAGUCUCUGGCCAUGGGUUGGAUCUUUGGAGCUGCGAGAAUGUUUGACGUCAUUGAAGACAUGACCAACUCACGACCCAACUACAUAUUCAUGCUGUGCUGGAAAUACCUGACUCCUCUCGUGUCCUUGGCAUCUUUUGUCUGUUCUGUGGUGGAGUACAAGCCCCUGACUUUUAACCGUUGGUAUGUGUACCCGGACUGGGCAUAUGCACUAGGCUGGUUACUGGCCCUGUCCUCCAUUCUGCUGGUGCCUGGAUGGCUGAUGGGCCGAAUGUUUGCUGGGAACGGAAGCCUGAAACAGCGUUGGCUUCACCUGUGUAAUCCAGACGCAAACCUUCCUCUCACCAGUAAGCAACGAACUGAAAUGAAGGAAACUGCUUUCACCACAGAGAUGAAUGACUUAGUCAGGAUGAAUUUAGAGGAAAAUGAAAACGGACACUGAAAGAAAAACUGUAUUUUGUAUCUUUUCGUAACUAGUUAACAGCUGUAAAGCAAAACCUGUAUAAAUAGGGCAAUUUUUUUUCAUCUCCACCAACAGGAAUUAUCUGCUCAAUUCCCCGGUCAAAUUUCAUAAUUCUGUUCUUAAUUCUUUAAUUUACACUGGCAAAAAAAAGGACCUUCCCUGUGAAUUAUUUGUUGGAACUUUUCUGGCUCUCAUCAUAGGAAAUAUUUCACUAUGCAUAGAAAUUAGCAUAUACUGCACCCUAAAUAAAUCAAAAGUUAGAAAAAAAUUGAAAUGCACUGAAAAAUUAUAAUUAGCUUUAAAAAAAAAAAAAAAAAGUUAAAAAAAGUACUGUGCUUCAUCCACUCCCUCUGCCACUGGUGGUGCAUAUAGCACAGUUUCAGAAAUGUAUGUUAGAAAAUCUAAUACAUUUCUGCAUUUCACUUCUGCUCUAGCUUAUGUAUAUACUAAUAAACAUAUACUUAAAACUUAACAUUAAUUAAAUGCACAUAAUGAUAUAGUGGAGAUCUGUUAGUGUUUAAUGUUCUGUUGGGAUUUAAAAGGUUUCUGUUGUCUGAGUUUUGUGGGUCACCAUUGUGCUCAAGAGUAGAGCAUGUGCUUUAGUCCAGGAGAAGAUCAAGAACACUGAUUAUAUUUUAAGUUAAGUUGAAUGAUAAGUUGUAUGUUGCAUUAUUUAAAGGCAGUA